AUGGCGGAUCCCCCGUCUUCUAAUCCUGACGCACCUCCUCAUUCUUCGGUCUCUGGGGAGGCGCAGGAAGGCCUCGCGACUUCACAGGAGAAGAAGGGCAAUUCACCUGGAGAGAAGAAGGAAGAGGAAGGCGAUUCACCUGGAGAGAAGAAGGAAGAGCAACGUGAUUCACCUGUAGAGAAGAAGGAAGAGCAACGUGAUUCACCUGGAGAGAAGAAGGAAGAGGAAGGCGAUUCACCUGGAGAGAAGAAGGAAGAGGGAGGCGAUUCACCUGGCGAGAAGAAGGAAGAUGAGGGUGAUUCACCUGUAGAGAAGAAGGAAGAGCAACGUGAUUCACCUGGCGAGAAGAAGGAAGAGGGAGGCGAUUCACCUGGCGAGAAGAAGGAAGAUGAGGGUGAUUCACCUGUAGAGAAGAAGGAAGAUGAGGGUGAUUCACCUGUAGAGAAGAAGGAAGAGCAACGUGAUUCACCUGGCGAGAAGAAGGAAGAGCAACGUGAUUCACCUGGCGAGAAGAAGGAAGAGCAACGUGGUUCACCUGUAGAGAAGAAGGAAGAGGAAGGCGAUUCACCUGGCGAGAAGAAGGAAGAGCAACGUGAUUCACCUGUAGAGAAGAAGGAAGAGCAACGUGAUUCACCUGUAGAGAAGAAGGAAGAGCAACGUGAUUCACCUGUAGAGAAGAAGGAAGAGCAACGUGAUUCACCUGGCGAGAAGAAGGAAGAGCAACGUGGUUCACCUGUAGAGAAGAAGGAAGAGCAACGUGAUUCACCUGUAGAGAAGAAGGAAGAGCAACGUGAUUCACCUGUAGAGAAGAAGGAAGAGCAACGUGAUUCACCUGGAGAGAAGAAGGAAGAACCGAAAGGUUCUCCUCAGGACGACUCAGGGGGAAAACAGUCUUUGACACAAGCGUUUUCGAGCAUGGCACGGACACCGUCUCUCCGCAGCGAGGCCUCCGCCUCUCCCGGAGCAGGCACAGAGAUGGUGAAGCGGACAAAGCGGCAGGGCUCGUGUGGGACGGGAAGUUCUUCUGCGUCGAACACCAGUCAGGAAUAUGUCACGUUUGCGUCUCACGUUCCUUUCCGCUCCUACGUCUCCACUGGAGGCGUCGCCCUCGAACUGUCUGACGACUCUCCCGGCAGUGCGCGCAAGAACGAAAAUCAGUCUGUGCCGUCAGAGAAACAGCGCCACGAGCCGAGGGCGGCUGUUGAGUCUGUGAAGCCUGGCGGGUCUCCAGAGGAGUUGGCCGAUUCGCAGGUGGUUCCCGUGUCUGCCUUUGUUCUCGCGUCUUCGUCGAAAGACGACUUCUCUCAUCUCCCGCCUGGCGUCGAAGUGAUCCCGCCGCCUUCGCAACCGUACACGCCGUUUUCCUGCUUCGUCACGCCCUCCCUGGAGCCGCCUGUGCACUACCCGAGAGCCGAUUACAUCACCACGGCUUCGGGAAACCGGGUGGGCCGCGGAACUCUUCUCUUCGGGUCUCAGAACAUCACUCUGGCAGGCCGCUCUGUGGUGUCUCAGGGCGUGCUUUUGCGCGGCGAUAUGGUCUCCUUGCGCUUCGGCAGAUACGUCUAUUUGGACGACAAUGUUCUCGUCCACCCGAGCUCGUACCGAUCCAAAGGGCAAACUCUCCACGUCCCUCUCACCGUCGGGGAUUACGUCAUUGUGGGGAAGAACGCAGUCCUUCGCGCUGUGGCCGUCGGAUCCUGCGUCCAGAUCGGCUCGGACUGCGUUGUCGGCAACCGCUGCAUUUUGAAGGAUUUCUGCAAGAUCCUCCCCGGAACCGUCCUCGCCGCCGAUACAGUCGUCCCCUCGUUCACAGUCUUUGGUGGGAAACCCGGCAGGAUGGUGGCCGAACUCCCCGAGGGAGAAGCGAUGCUGAUGAAACUGGAAGCCAUCCGGAAGUACAACCUUUUUCUGCCUGAAGAAGAAUGA